AUAUUUUCCAUCCAAAUUAUUGGUGGUGUUGAAACUGGUUAUUAAAUAAUCAUACAGGGUGGGCAGCUUUUGCCCUUCACUUGAUGAUUUUUUUUCAGGUUUUGUGACUGAUAGUGUUCGUGAGAAUGAUACAACAAAGACACUUAUAGUGAAUGUGGAAUGACUUUUGCGCCCCUCGGCGUCCAGCAAGGCACAGGUAACAACUCACAGAUAAGGACAAAGGGCCAAGGAGGCUGAUGAAAAUGGGGUUAACUCUCAUCCUGGUCGGCCAUAUUAACUUCAUACUUGGAGCUAUUGUCCAUGGCAGUGUCCUCCGCCACAUUUCCAAACCCAGCCGGCAUAUCUCCACUGAAUACACCGUAGCCAACAUCAUCUCUGUCACAUCUGGCCUGCUGAGCAUCGCCUCUGGGAUUAUUGCAAUUGUGGUGUCAAGGAACCUUCCUGUGAUAAAACUGCAAAUAGGACUUCUAAUUGCAUCAUUCCUGAAUGCCCUGCUCUCAGCAGCAUGCUGCAUUGGGCUCCUUUUGGCCAUUAGUAUCACUGUUGCCCACAAUGGUGAGGGUUUGAUGCUGGGAUGCAAUGCCACAGAUGUGCCCAUCAACGCUCGCUCACCUGUCGGUGCCAGAUGCCCGUUUGAUACCACACGAAUCUAUGACACCACCCUGGCACUGUGGAUCACUUGUGCGAUCUUGGCAGCAGUUGAGGUUGGAGUGUCUGUCUGGUGCUUCAUCGUAGGGCUGGCUCUCAGAGGGCUGCCACCCUGUGGGAACAGCUACAUCAAAGAGCAGUUGGAGGUAGAAGCUGAGUGCGCUCCCCAAAGCCAACGCCUGAUUGGACAGCGCUUGAACCCUGACGCCUAACUAAACAAAAAGCAUAAAGGACACCACCCUGUGUGGACAAGCACAGCUAAAUCCCACAAGGCAUUGCUGCACCUGUAUUGAGACCAGUAGAUUUUACCCUACAGUCAGCUAGGUGAGUGUCACUGUGGAACAGGAGUGAAAUUCUUACUAAGGUUCUUACUUCGCAGUAUCAUAUAGCCACAUACAAAGGAAUGGUACCUCUAUUUGUUUUCAUUUAUAAACCAAAACGUUUAUCUUGUGUGUGAAUCAUUUGCAGAAUAAAAUUGGGUUCACGUCAGUGCAUCUGCACCUGAUGAAACCCAUGGUAAAUUCAUUUACGUUGAAAAAUUUAUAAUAAAAAACACAAUGUACAUUUCAGUAGGUGGAGUCCAAAGCGAAGGUUCUUUUGUGCAGAUGUUGGGAUUCAGUGAACAAAAACAGUAUAUGUGUGGAAGCUAAAAUUAGAUUUAAAUGUAGUCUUAUUAGUAUCCAUCGAUGACUGUUUAGGCUCAAUAGUGCCAUAUGUCAUUUAUUUGACGUAUUUUGACGUAUUUGUCGAAGUUUUAUUAUCUAGCAAAAACGUUUCUUGAUUAUUUUAGCUGAAUGAAGGUUUAUUUUAGCUUUUAUGAACUCUCUCAUAUUUUAUUGUUCUUAAUGUUUUUAAUAUUAUACUGUUUGUAUAGAUUUUAUGUUUUGUGUUUGCCAUAAAAUGCCAAAUUAUUUUUAAUUCUAUUCAGAUACUAUAUUUGGCGUCAAAUUACAUUGGACAUGCUAAAUUGCACUUCUUGAAAGUAGUUUGUAUUAUUAGUUGUGUCGCUGUGGCUUUAUGUUGAAGGUAAACCACUGACUAGUUGAACACACUGCCUUUGAAUUUUAUAGAGAUAUGCUUCAGAAAGAAAACACAAAAUAUUUCAAAGACUAUGUGAAAAUGUAGGGCUGAUAAACUCCUAUAUACUGUACUCCACUAUACUGUGAUUGAAUGUCAAGUGUGGUCAUAAUAAGAGGUUAAAUCAGUAUGUGGGCCAGCCGCCUCAGCUGGCACAGACCCCCCCCCAUGAGGCAACGACAGAGAAGAUCCGAUCAGCGUUGAAACGGUUAAUCUAAUGCCAUGCUCAAUUGUGUGGAAGGGAAUCAUAGCACGCAAUACUAAUCUUUAAGCUGUAAGGGAUAAAUAUUGACAUAGUGCUGACUGACACAAUCCCAACAAAUCUGUUUUGCCAUUUCGGAGUACACUCAUUAAGUUUAUAUUUGAAAUUACAAUACGAAUAUGCGGUAGGCUUAUUGUUGUAUAAGGACAAAUUAACUGAAUCCAAUAGUCAUAUGUUGUGAUUUUAUACUGUGUUGGUAAUUGCAGAAAUGUUUGAGUGCAUUAUAAUGUGGCACUUGGGGACAUCUUUUACUGUGAAUUAAUGGAGCUCCCAUAUCUGAAGUUAAUAUAGAAUGCGGUCCAUUUAUAAAUACAGUCUAUCACAAUUCAUAUUAUUUUAUAUCAAUAAUUGACAAUCUAGCAAAAUGCAUAUUUGUGAAAGGGUAUUGAUUAUGACUAAGAUUGCCAAUGUUUAAAUGAGCAUGGGUUAUUUUCUUGAAAUUGAUUGCCUUGAAAACCUACAUUGUAUACAAAUUAAAAAACACAUUGAUUAGAAUUUAUGGCAGAAUUAAAAUGCACGUAUCAGGCUAAAUGGAUAAUACAAAACUUUUGGUGUUUGCAUUGUUGUUUCCUAACGAGAAUUCUAAGCUUUUGAAACAACUGGAGAAGGACUGCCCAAUAGGAUAAAACCAGUGUAAUCACUAAUCUUUUCCCCUGCCUCAGCCGUAAUGGUAAUCGUAUUGCCUGAUUUAAAGAUAAAAGUACAAAUUUGGAUGUAUGGUUUGUUUAAUUUUUUGCUUUAUGGUUUUA